AUGCGUGGCCUAUCGUCCCCAGUAACACUCCUCCUCGCAUACAUAUCCCUCCUCCUCAGCAUCUGCGCUGCCGCACCAUCACGGGAACAAGUUCAACCCAGGACGUACGCACGAGCGAAGCGUGCACAACUUUCAUUCGUAUCCACAGUGCCAUACGUUGUGGCUCGGGGUGAGGACGUGCAGAUCUCAUGGCGGGCAGCAGAUAGCGAGACGGACACGAAAACUACAAACGCGCGCGCAAGCGAAGGAGACAUAGAUGUCCGCACCGCUGUACCUGCGCAGCGACGAACAGACCGGCUUGCGGCAAGGCAGGAGAAUAAGGGGGUGGGCAAGAGUGCGAAGAUCGGACUUGCGGUGGGGCUGAGUAUCGGGGUUGCGGUUGCGUUGUUGGUGAUGUGGUAUUGUGCGUGGGCGCCGGAUAAGUUGAAGAAGAAGAAUCGGAGUGGGGAUAUGGAACAUGGGGAGGUUGUGGUGUUGGAUGAGAGGGCUGGGGCGAAGGAUAGGGUUUAG